AUGAUCCAAAAGGUGGUUAUCAAAUUAUCCUUGAAUGGGAAUGAUCAGAAAUAUCGGUCCAGGGCCUUCAAGAUUGCUGUUUCUCAGCCAGGUGUGGAAUCAGCAGCUACGAGAGGGGAUGAGAAAAAUCAAUUAGAAGUGGUGGGAGAUGAUAUUGACGCUGUGACACUGACAAAUUUGCUCAGAAAGAAUUUGAGGCAGGCGGAACUGGUCAGCGUAGGCCCUGCUUCUGCUGCUGGUGGCGGCAAUAAAGACAAAGCUGGUUCUGAUACGAAGCCUCAAGCUUCUGCUGCGGCCAUGGCACAGUGGCAAACUCCCUAUUACUAUACCUAUCCUCAGUACCCAGUUUAUCAAGUUAGAGAUUCAUAUGAUCAUCAACCUGACUGUUCUAUUAUGUAAACACAAACGUGGAUUGUAUUAUCCCACUGUGAACAUGUAAUGUGUGUGUAAAGAAAAUGUCGUAGAAUUGAAAAUUAAUGAAGCUUGGCCAGCAUAGACUGCAUAUAAAUGCUACACUAAUUCUUAUUCUUGUCGCUUGAAGUGGGCAUACA